AUCUCAACACCACUGCCGAAAGACAGGCGCCCUCGACAAACACGUCAUGCUCGACCCUCAUACCAGCCUGGGCAUUGCCCAGAUCGUCUUCUACGCGCCGAUGGUGCCGCUCGCCAUCUACCUCAUGAAGCGCAACGGCAGGAUCCGCCCGCGCAUGGCUUGGUGGCCACUGAUACCCUUCUCUCUGAUGAGACUUGCCGGCGGACCCGUCAUUAUUGCCCUGGAAAAGAACCCCGAGAGCCUCGGCCUCAUCAUUGCCGCAAUCAUCCUCCUCAACGUCGGCGUCAUCCCGCUCAUCGUCGCCGACCUGGGCCUCACACGCGUCAUCCUCAUGGACAACUACAGCCACAGCCCCCACUCGAACCGCAUCGGCGGCCUGCUCCGCGCCACCUUUGUCAUCGCCGCGGGCCUCCUCGGCGCCGGCGGCGGCCUCGGGUCGCAGACGUCGGCGGACCUGCGCGACGUCGGCCACGGCCUGACCCUCGCGGGGUACAUUGUCUUUGCCGUCGAGCUGGUCGUGCUGACGGCUAUGCAAGUCUACUUUUGGCGACGGCGCUCCGACUACCUCGAGAGUAGCCGGAAGGUCCUUUGCGGCGUGCUCCUAGCGAGUCCCUUCAUCAUGGUGCGCACCGUGUACGGCAUCCUCGUGGUCGUGUACCAGAACAACGGCGCGACCAGGUGGAACCCCGUGUACGGCUCGGCCGUCGUGUUUGCCUUUAUGGGCUUGCUGAUGGAGUACAUUGCCCUGUGCCUGUACUUAUAUACGGGCUACUCGAUCCACCCGGGGCGGGGGCUGCCCGUUGAGCCGGUCACCGUGCCGGCGGGCAAGGUCUGAUCUGAUCUGAGGUCGGAUGCGACCACGGCAAGGAGCAGGAGGAAAAGGAGGAGGAGGAGGCGCCCUGGAAAGGGCGAGGAUCGACAGUGCUUGAUGCAACUGGUGUUGGUGUAUCGUGGUUGUUUGUGCUUUUUUGGGCAAAAUGAUUGUCUUUGAUGUUUCAUGAUACCAAGAGGCUGUUCAAAGUAAAAUAUUGACAAAGAGACUGCUGCAUGAG